AUGGCGACCACCCCUUUCAUUGUCCCUGCGCUGAAGAAGCACACCGCAACGGUGAUCAUGGCCCACGGCCUUGGCGACUCCGGUGCCGGAUGGAUGUCCCUCGCUCAGAACUGGCGCCGCCGCAACAAGUUCGACGAGGUCUCUUUUAUUUUCCCUAAUGCGCCCAACAUCCCCAUCACAGUGAACUUCGGUAUGGCUAUGCCCGGAUGGUACGACAUUGCCAAGCUGGGUAGCGAUCUCGAUUUCUCCGAGAUGGUCCGCAACCAGGAUGAGGCCGGUAUCCUCCGCUCGCGCGAUUACUUCAACACCCUCAUUAAGGAGGAGAUCAACAAGGGCAUCAAGCCUUCCCGUAUCGUGCUGGGCGGAUUCUCGCAGGGAGGUGCCAUGUCUGUGUUCAGCGGUCUGACGGCCUCGGAGAAGCUGGGUGGUGUUUUCGGACUUUCGUGCUACCUUCUGCUUAGCGACCGUAUCAAGACCAUGAUGCCCGAGAGCUUCCCCAACAAGAACACCCCGUUCUUCUUGGCGCACGGCAAGGAUGACGCCGUUGUGAAGUACCAGUUCGGCAAGAUUUCCUCCGAGAAGGUUCGGGAGUUGGGUGCUGAGGAUGUUUCGUUCAACUCUUAUGAGGAUCUUGGACACUCGGCGGAUCCUCAGGAGAUUGCUGAUCUUGAGGACUUCCUUGAGAAGGUGAUCCCGGCCGAGAAUGCUGCUGGUUUAUGA